AAUUCAGUAAAAAAUGAAAUUGCAACGCGUUUGGAUAUUUUGCCAUGUGGUUUUAAUUUCCCUGGUCUCUCCAUCCUUGACGGAAGUUAUCCGAGAUUCAAAAAUGUGCCAGGAAGGCUCCUUGGAAGCUGAUCCCGAGGACUGUGGCAGCUAUUUCCAAUGCCUGGAUGAGGAGCAUUUACACUUGACUUGUCCCGAAGGCACCUACUUCGAGGACAACAACCAAGUUUGUGUGGUGGAUGAGCUGAAAAUUUGUCCAGAAAAUGCGCCAAGGUCUUGCAUAGAGGGUCAAGUGGAUCAAGACUCGGAUAACUGCGCCGGCUAUCUGGAGUGUGUGAAUGGAGUGAUUGUAAAGGAAAAGUGUCCCAGCGGUAGUUACUUUAAUACCGUUCUAUCCCUCUGUGUUAUGGAUGAAAAUGGUGUUUGUGCGAAUGCCACAAGUCAGUGUACCGAUGGCACAGUAUCUGCCGAUCCCAAUGACUGUGCCGGUUAUUUGAAUUGUGUGAAUGGAAGUCCCGAGUCCAAAAAGUGUCCCACUGGCAGCUACUUCGAACCCGUUUACAAGACCUGCAUUAUAGACACCAACGGGGUCUGUGUGCAACCGCCGGUUAUCUGUGUCGAGGGGGAAGUAAAACUGGACCCCAAUAACUGUGCAGGAUACUUGAAGUGCGUUAAUGGAGAACAAAUUGAGGAACUCUGUCCAAGUGGUUCUUACUUCAAUGUCAAGCUGCUGUCUUGUAUGGUGGACACUGAGGGUGUCUGCCUUAUAAGAAGUUUUAAAAACCUUUGUGCAAAAUGAUUGUGAUUUGGAAAUCUAAAGUGCGAUUUUGUCAAAUUUUGAAACGAUAAUGAUCCAGUGUAUGUUAAAAAAAGAAUCUAUUGAAUGAAAAGGCGAAAGUGCCACUAUCGAUCACCAGGGAAGACAAGCGAUUGGACAUGAAUAAUAAAUAAACUCGCACGAUAA